CUAAUUUAGAAGAUCCCAACACCAUUAUGGAAGAGUAUCUUGAAAAGACAGUGAGUUUGUUAGAGAGCUUGGAGGAGAAAGGGGAUACAAUUCUAGAUGCGUAUCUUUCUCUGGCUCGGUUUGCUGAUGGUCAGUAUCAACACAUUGUGAACUACAUGAAGUCAAGUACAUUUGAAGCCAAGCAGAACUUGAUGACAAAGGCAAAAAAGGAAAUAACAAGGAUGCAACAGCUUGGAAUGGACAAUCUUGAGAAAGAUCGAUAUUAUAGAACUUUAAGCAAACAGAGUGAGAUAGAUCAGUCAGAACUGAAUGCUAUGGAGGAGGAUAGAUGGAGAUGCCUAAAACAGGCUGUCCAGAACUAUAUCAAAUGUCUGAAGCAUGGGGACAAACACGAUAUCCGCAUAUUCCGUCUGGUAUCCCUAUGGUUCAGUAAUCCUACCUAUGCAGACAUUAGUGGUUUGAUUAUGAUAAACAUGGACAAUAUUAAAUCUUACAAGUUUCUGAGUUUGAUGUACCAACUGUGUGCUAGAAUGGACACUAAUCCACCUGCUGAUCAAUCUCCCUCUCUACAGAAAACACUGCAAAAAAUUAUUCAUCACACAGCUGUUGAUCAUCCCCACCAUACUCUGUUCUGUAUUUUUGCUUUAGUCAAUGCUAAAAGAGAUUCAGAGCUACUAAGGAGGAAUGCUGGCAGCAAAAGUAGACUGGCUAAAAAUAGUCAGACCAGUGACAGUGAAAAUCAG